AUGCUCUCCGCCUUCCGUGCAGCGAGCCUUCGUGCUCCCCGAGCGUACCCGCUGAACGCCAUCGCGAUCCGCGGUCUCCAGACCGCCGCCGACAAGAGUUCGCUCCACAAGGAUGUCGUCGAGGUUCCCAAGGAGGGUGACAAGCCGUUCAAGGUCCAGCUUCCCGAGGACUCGUUCCACGCCUUUAAGUGCGACCCGCCCUCGGACCAGACCAUGGUCACGAAGGACGAGCUGAUGUGGAUGUACGAGCGCAUGCUGCUGGGAAUCGGAAAUCCUGACACCUCCCAGUCCGCUAUGCGCCGAAUGGAGCAGGCCGCCGACGCUCUCUACAAGAGCAAGUUCAUCCGUGGAUUCUGUCACCUCGCCAUCGGUCAGGAGGCUGCCUCCGUCGGUAUGGAGGCUGCCAUCACCCCCGAGGACCUCGUCAUCACCUCGUACCGUUGCCACACCUUUGCCGUUCUCCGUGGAGGAACGAUCAAGGGUGUUCUCGCUGAGCUGAUGGGUCGUGAGGACGGUAUGUCGCACGGAAAGGGCGGCUCCAUGCACAUCUUCACCCCCAACUUCUUCGGUGGAAACGGUAUCGUCGGUGCCCAGGUUCCCGUUGGCGCCGGUCUUGCGUUCGCCCAGAAGUACCAGAAGAAGCCCAACUGCACCUUCGCUCUCUACGGUGACGGAGCUUCCAACCAGGGACAGGUCUUCGAGGCGUACAACAUGGCCAAGCUCUGGAACAUCCCGUGUGUCUUCGUUUGUGAGAACAACAAGUACGGAAUGGGUACCUCUGCCGAGCGUUCGUCGCAGAACACUCAGUACUACACCCGUGGUGACCAGAUCCCCGGUAUCCAGGUCAACGCCAUGGACAUCCUCGCCGUCAAGCAGGGAUGCGAGUUCGCCAAGGAGUGGACCACUUCCGGCAAGGGUCCCCUUCUCAUGGAGCUCGUCACCUACCGUUACGGUGGCCACUCCAUGUCCGACCCCGGAACCACCUACCGUACCCGUGACGAGGUCCAGCAGAUGCGUGCUGCGCACGACCCCAUUGCCGGCCUCGGCAAGUACAUCACCGAGUGGGGCGUUGCCUCGGAGGACGACCUCAAGGCCAUCGACAAGGAGGCCAAGGCCGAGGUCGCCAAGGCUGUUGAGGAGGCCAAGAAGAGCCCCAUGCCCGGCCACCACGAGUUCUCCCACGACAUUUACGUCUCUGGCACCGAGCCCGCCCACAUGCGCGGCCGCACCAAGGACGAGAUCUACCCCAACUAA